AUGGAAAGUUUUCAGAAAAAUCGACCAGAUUUAGAGAGUAGAUGUACGUACAUCGUGAAUGGUGAUAACGCCAAAUGCCCUCAUAAUCUUAACAUAAGACAAAAAUCAAUAAAACAAAAAAUUUAUCCGAAUAUUCUGUCACUUAUUGGGGAUACACCGCUUGUUCGAAUCAAUCGUAUUGGUAAAGAAGCUGGAAUAAAAUGUGACUUAUAUCGCAUUGGUUUGAGAAUGGUGGAAGAAGCGGAAAAAGAUGGGACAUUAAAACCUGGCGAUACAGUGAUCGAGCCGACGUCAGGCAAUACGGGUAUCGGAUUAGCAUUAGCAUGCGCUGUUAAAGGUUAUCGAUGUAUUAUUGUUAUGCCUGAGAAAAUGAGCAAAGAAAAGGUUGACGUAUUAAGAGCGCUCGGAGCUGAAAUUAUUCGAACACCUAAUAGUGCUACAUUUGAUUCACCAGAGAGUCAUAUUGGCGUUGCUCAUAUGCUUAAAAUGAAAAUACCAAAUUCACACAUAUUAGAUCAAUAUAGAAAUCCGUAUAAUCCUAUUGCUCAUUAUGACACAACAGCUGAAGAAAUAUUGGAAGCAUGCAAUGGUAAAGUUGAUAUGAUUGUUGCUGGCGCUGGAACAGGUGGAACAUUAACUGGUCUAUCACGAAAAUUGAAAGAAAAAUGUCCGAAUUGCAUUGUGGUUGGCGUCGAUCCAGAUGGAAGUAUAUUGGCUGUGCCGGAAACUUUGAACAAGACUGGUAUUUCAUUUUAUGAAGUAGAGGGCAUUGGAUAUGAUUUUGUUCCGACGGUACUUGACCGGUCAUUGAUUGAUCGAUGGUAUAAAAGUGGUGACAAACUAUCAUUGAAACUGUCAAGAAAAUUAAUUAAAGAAGAAGGAAUGCUUUGUGGAGCAUCGUCUGGUUCAGCAAUGUCAUGUGCACUCCAAGCAUGCAAAGAUUUUGGUUUGAAAGAAGGACAAAAUUGUGUUAUCAUUCUACCAGAUUCUGUUCGAAAUUAUAUGACCAAAUUUUUAAGUGAUGAAUGGAUGUUUGAUCGAGACUUUUUGGAUUUAAAAGAUAGCUCCAAUGCUGAAUGGUGGAAUGCACUUCCUGUUAGUAGAUUAAAAAUACGUGAACCAGUUACUGUUUCGACUGACACAAGUAUAAAAACGGUCUUGGACAUUAUGCAUGAAAAGGGCUUUGAUCAAGUGCCGGCAAUUGGUGAAGAUGGAUCAUUCAAAGGUAUGGCAACGAUGGUAUCUAUUAUGGCAAAAAUGUCUUGUGGUAGUGUUCAUGCUCAAGAUCUUGUUGUGAAAGUGAUCACUGAUAAAUUUCGAACAGUUCGUUUGGAUGAUCCAUUGUCAAAAUUAAGUCGAAUAUUAGAAGUGCAUAAUUAUGCUGUUAUUAAAUUUGCGCAUGAGCAGUACGAUGAAAAACUGACAAGUAAAACAAAACCGGUAGUUUUUGGUAUUAUAUCAAGUAUUGAUUUGUUAGACUUUAUUAUCAAGAAUAAACCAGUUGAAAAUGGUGUUGGUGGCGGAGGAGCGACGAAUGGACAUACAAAAGAUAAUGGAAUAAAUGAAAAUAUGAAGUCUGUUAUCAAUAAAGGAACAGAAGCAUUGUCUUAA